GCCCCUCAGCUCCGCGCUCGGCCGCCAUGGGGUCCCCGCUGCCGCCGCCGCCGCUCCCCCGGGCCGCCGCUCUGCUGCUGGCGGCCGCGCUGCUGCUGGCGGCUCCGGCGCGGCUCCGCGCCGCUCCCGAGGAAGAGCCCGGCAGGAAGAAGGAGCCGCCGCCACCGCCGGCGGCGCAGGGAGCGGAGCCCCGGGCUGAGAAAGGCUCCUCACUAGUUGCUCCAGUCCACGUUGUCAGUGAAGAGUCAGCUGACAAGACUAACCUGGGCUUUAUUCAUGCCUUUGUGGCUGCUAUAUCGGUCAUCAUCGUGUCAGAGCUGGGGGACAAGACCUUCUUCAUAGCAGCCAUCAUGGCCAUGCGCUACAACCGUCUGACUGUGCUGGCUGGUGCUAUGCUUGCCCUGGGACUGAUGACGUGUUUAUCAGUUUUGUUUGGCUAUGCCACCACGGUUAUUCCUCGGGUGUACACGUACUAUGUGUCAACAGCACUGUUUGCAAUCUUUGGCAUCCGAAUGCUUCGGGAAGGCUUGAAAAUGAGUCCAGAUGAGGGUCAGGAAGAGCUGGAGGAAGUUCAAGCAGAAAUUAAAAAAAAAGAUGAGGAACUGCAGAGAACUAAACUGUUAAAUGGGCCAGGAGAUGUGGAAUCUGGGCCAGGCACCACUAUGCCUCAGAAGAAGUGGCUGCACUUUAUUUCACCAAUCUUUGUUCAAGCUUUUACUUUAACAUUUCUAGCAGAAUGGGGCGAUCGCUCCCAAUUAACAACCAUAGUCUUGGCUGCCAGAGAGGAGGUAUCAGAUUCACACCUGCUGCCUUGAUGUGCCUUAUGUAGUUUGUGUCAAGACCUGACAGUAAAUGCACUGAAGCUCUGUGUAGUAUUAAAACUUCUGUUACAUGAUUGGAACUGCACUGGCAUUUCUGGAAAUAGCUGCUUUGUCAUGCAGCUGAAAUCAGUUGGGUUUUGUUACAGUGUUGAGACGUGUUACAGAAGAGAUGUUUCUUUGCUCUUUGUGGUAGUUCAGUUUUAACUGGGUAACUUUAAAAGAUACUUCCAUUCCAUCAAGCUUUAAACUCUUAGGAAGAUACCUCCUCAGAUACCUCUUGUUAAAAUAUGACUUAAUAUAGUACAGUGCAUAGAAAGACAAUAAACUCUAAACUGCUGGGCACUAAGUAAUGCUGUAAAUUAAAUGAUAUGCAUUGUGGUGAUUAGAGUGUGUAUAACUGUAUUAUACUUGAAGGAAAAUGAAGGCUUGUAGUCAGGCUUUUAAUAAACAUAAGUAGCUUGCCUGUGCUCUUUCAUGCAUUGAGAUAAUUUACAUUUUUUUUCCUUAGGAUUCAUGCUUCUUUCAGGUGCCCUUUCAAACAUUCCCUAGGGAUAAAUCAGGGCUGUUUAAUGAAGGAGGCUGUAACCUGCAGGAGCCUUUUGUCUCAGUUACAGAGUAGGGAAGAUGUUUAGAACUAACAGCAGGGGAGGAUGAUCUCAUUGUUCUUGGAAAAAAAAAAGGAAGCACUACAGCCUCUGCCCAGUUUGCUAGGCAAGUUGCUUAAGCCCAUCUUUUUAUGGGGGAUUUUUGACUUCUGGUUUGCAUUUCCUAAGUGUCCCCUUAGGAAGUGUCUUGUCAGACACUUUAGUCUGGUUUGAGAAGUGCUGAGCAUCGUAGUUAAAACCUGUGGGCUAUACCUGUAGAAUUAUGAAAUGUUCAUAAGAGUGCUACCAAACAAAAAAUGAAUGGAAGGUGUCUUGAUACUGGCUUUCAAAAUCAGUGAAUAAUUAUGCUGGAAUGUGGGGAUGAGAUCCACCUUCUGCCAGUGAGGGCUGUAUAGGUAAUUGCUGGCU